AUGGACCACAAAAAGGUCGAUAAGCACGAACACAACGAUUCAAGAGCGGGUGAGCAGGUAGAAGAGCUGCGCGACGAGAAUCCGUCAACCGUCAGCGAGGACACCAACGAUGCCUUCGUGGACGCUAAUCUGGCGCUGAUGCGGGAGCUCGACGCGCUGGCCGACGCCCUGCAGUCUCUCCCUGUCGGUUUCAAGGAGAAGAUGGACAGCCACCGCGAGAAGCUCGCGCACAAACUCGAGACCCGCUUGAAGAGCGUCAAGGACGGCAUGCAGCGCGCCCCCUUCAUCAAGACCCGAGACAAGUUCUCCUUCGUCGCCGGUGUCACCAAUGUGGCGUUGACGUUCCUUCUGUUGGGUCGUCACCCCGAGUGGGUGCCCAUCUACUACACGCUGAAGGCGUUUCUCCUGCUCACCAUCCGUUGGUAUGUCUUCAAAGGCAAGAAGUACCACUACUUCCUGUUCGACUUCUGCUACUACGCGAACAUCCUCGUCCUGCUGUACCUUCACUUCUUCCCGAAGAGCGAGACUAUGUUUAUCAUCUGCUUUGCCUUCUGCACCGGCCCAUUGGCGUGGUCGGUGCUGGCGUGGCGGAACAGUCUCGUCUUCCACUCGCUCGACAAAACCACGUCCCUGUUCAUUCAUCUCACGCCCAACAUCCUGCUCUACGCUCUAAGAUGGCUCGACGAAGACCCCGACAGUCUUGCCACGUAUGAGACACUUCGUGGGAAGGACGCCACCUUCACUCAGAUGGUCUUCCUGCCCAUCAUUCCCUAUCUGAUUUGGCAAGUGCUCUACCUGAUCAAGGUCCAAGUCAUCUCGGCCAAGAAAGUUGAAGAGCAGGACUACCAAACCACGUUCCGUUGGUUCAGCAGCAUGGACAAGGGCGGCAUCGGCAAGCUCAUCAAGAAGGCCAGCCCCAAUCGGAGGCUCGCCGCAUUUGUUGGCUACCAGCUGCUCUACACGAUUGUGACAAUGCUGCCCUCGGUGCUCUUCCUCAGAUACUUCUGGGCGCACACGAUCCUCAUCGCGGGCAUGUGCAUUUUGUCGGCGUGGAACGGCGCCAACUACUACUUUGAAGUCUUCAGCACCAGAUACAUGGAGAGCCUCGAAAGAGGAACGGAACGUAUUGCCCGGCUCAGGCGCGGUUCCCUUGCACUCCAGCAGGCGAUCAACAUUGGCGACGACGCCGAGAAGAGCCAGUGA